AUGUCCAACAACAACGGCCGCGACGGCGUCCGCAAGUCGUUCUUCGGCUCGCUCAAAAACAGCCUCAGGAAAGGCACAAGCUCAAAUGGCGACGGCUCCGUGAGUCCCGUCUCGCCUGGCGGCGCGUCCGCGUCAUCACCAAUACCACCUGCCAGCCGUGGACUCAGUGCAUCGCAGGCCCCGUCUUCCCGCAGUCGCCCGGGCUUCCCAGAGCCAACGAGACGUCCCUCCAACGAACCUCCUCCGCCGUACUCGGCGAUAUCGGAGCUACCUGGAAGUACCCCUGCGGCCGCACCAGCUGCUUCUGCUCCGGCAGCUGCACCUACUGCUGCUCCCGCUCCUCCGGCGAUCGGCUUCUCCAUCCGCCCUGCCUCACCCACUCCCUCCCAGCGCUCCUCGGCUUCCGCCCGCCCAACCGUCGACAACGUCCGUUCCGCCGAGGACCCCUACGCCUUCCUGUCCAUGUUCGACACCAUCUUUGUCAUUGACGACUCCGGCUCCAUGGCAGGGCGCCCAUGGCGCGAGGUCCAGGCCGUUCUGGCCAACAUUACGCCGAUAUGCACGCAGCACGACGCCGACGGCAUCGACAUUUACUUCUUAAAUCACAAGAACACGCCGGCUGCACAAGGUGGCGGCGGCCAGCAGGCUCGUGUCCCCCCGGGCAAAGCGGUCGGCGGCUACCACAACGUGACGGAUGCCGCCGCCGUGGCGCGCAUCUUCCAGACCGUCAAGCCGGGCGGCGCCACCCCCACGGGCACGCGCCUACACAACAUCCUCCAGCCCUACCUUCGCUACUACGAGGCCAAGCGGAACGAGAUGGAGCAGCGCGGCGAGUACGGGGAUCCAGACCCCGACGACAUCAAGCCCGUCAAUAUGAUUGUCAUUACGGACGGCGUGCCCACCGACGACCUGGACACUGUCCUCGUGCGCGCCGCCAAGAAGCUCGACAGCUUUGACGCGCCCCCCUUCCAGGUUGGCGUGCAGUUCUUCCAGGUCGGCACCGAGGCCGAAGCUGCCGCCUACUUGCGACACCUCGACGACAACCUGGGCAACGACGUGGCCGGCGGCAUCCGUGACAUGGUCGACACAGUCACCUGGGACGCAUUUGUGAGCAUGAACCACGGCAGCACAACGGGUGGCAGUGGUCCAAGCACCGCUCUCGGCCUCACGGCCGACGGUAUCCUCAAAGCCGUGCUGGGCGCCGUUGUCAAGCGUCUCGACCGCCGGCCAACAGGUCCCUCUGGUCCACCAGCAAAUGACUCCAAUGUCCACCGAUAUCUCACACCACAACGUUAA